AUUUCAGGUAAAUGAGCCAAGGCCGUAGUAGCCAGGCAGGAUGCUGGUGUAUUACUGUGUGUUAGCAAUCGAAUGUCUCGUCCGCUAAAAAUGGGAGGGAAAGUGAGUGAGUGAGAGAGAGGCAAAAGAGAAUGGCGUCCACAGGAAUGGCGAAAUCAAAGGGGGAGUUUCUGCGUCAUCAGAGAGAGAAAGAAAAUAUGGAGCCUUUGCGUUUCGAUUCAGAAGAAGAAGAAGAAGCGACCACGUCCAUGAAACUCGAGCCUCACCGGGUUUGGUGUUGUUAUACGGAAAUCCAUCCAAUUUUUCUUCUGAGAUUCAUUCCUCUUCUCUAACGCUUAGGAAGAAUUGUUAGGGAAUGGGUGAGAACAUAUUGGUGGAUUCUCAUGUUUGGGUGGAAGACCCAGAGACUGCUUGGACUCAUGGGGUUGUAGUUAAUAUCAAGGGAGACGAAGCAGAUGUUAAAACCAAUGAUGAUAGAGAGGUUAUUGCUAAACUAUCAAAACUCUAUCCAAAAGACGAUGAAGCUCCUUCAGAGGGAGUAGAGGACAUGACAAGAUUAUCUUAUCUCCAUGAGCCUGCAGUUCUCAACAACUUGGCUACCAGAUAUGAGCUGAAUGAAAUUUAUACUUAUACAGGAAACAUUCUUAUUGCUGUCAAUCCCUUUCAAGGACUCCCUCAUCUCUAUGAUGCUGAGGUUAUGGAGAAGUACAAGGAAGCCUCCUUCAAAGAAUUGAGUCCUCAUGUUUUUGCAAUUGGUGGCAUUGCAUAUAGGGAAAUGAUCAAUGAGGAUAGGAAUAAAUGUAUAUUGGUCAGUGGUGAAAGUGGGUCUGGAAAGACAGAGACGACUAAGAUGCUCAUGCGUUACCUUGCAUUCUUUGGAGGGCAUACUGCAGGUGAAGGAAGGACUGUUGAAAACCAAGUUUUAGAAUCAAAUCCAGUUCUCGAGGCAUUUGGAAAUGCGAAGACUGUGAAGAACAACAAUUCCAGUCGUUUUGGGAAAUUUGUGGAGAUUCAGUUUGAUGACGUGGGUCGGAUAUCUGGGGCAGCCAUCAGAACCUACCUUUUGGAGAGGUCUCGUGUUUGCCAAGUGUCAGAUCCUGAACGCAAUUACCACUGCUUUUACCUCCUGUGUGCUGCUCCUCCAGAGGAUGUUGAGAGAUUUAAAUUGGGCGACCCCAAGUCAUUUCGGUAUCUUAACCAAUCUAGCUGCUACGAACUUGAUGGUGUAAACGAUGCAGAGGAGUAUCUUGCUACUAGAAAAGCUAUGGAUGUAGUUGGAAUAAGUGAAACAGAACAGGAUGCAAUUUUCAGAGUUGUGGCUGCCAUUCUCCAUCUUGGAAAUAUUGAAUUUUGCAAGGGAGAAGAUGCUGAUUCAUCAUCUCUAAAAGAUGAACAGUCAAAUUUUCAUCUCCAAAUGACAUCAGAAUUGCUCAUGUGUGAUCCUCAUUCCUUAGAAGAUGCUUUGUGCAAGCGUAUGAUGGUCACCCCAGAAGAAGUUAUCAAAAGAAGUCUUGAUCCUCUUGGUGCCGCUGUUAGUAGGGAUGGUUUAGCAAAGACAAUAUAUUCUAGACUCUUUGAUUGGUUGGUAAACAAAAUAAACAUCUCUAUCGGGCAAGAUUCUCAGUCUAGGCGCUUGAUCGGAGUCCUUGACAUUUAUGGUUUUGAGAGCUUUAAAACCAAUAGUUUUGAACAGUUCUGUAUUAACUACACGAAUGAAAAGCUGCAACAACAUUUCAACCAGCAUGUAUUCAAAAUGGAACAAAGUGAAUAUGAAAAAGAAGAAAUAGAUUGGAGCUAUGUGGAGUUCGUUGAUAACAAAGAUGUCGUGGAUCUGAUUGAAAAGAAGCCCGGUGGUAUCAUUGCUCUUCUAGAUGAAACAUGCAUGCUACCCAAAUCAACUCCUGAAACAUUUUCUGAGAAGCUGUAUCAAACAUUCAAGAAUCAUAAGCGCUUCAUUAAACCAAAACUGACUCGAUCAGAUUUUACUUUAGUUCAUUAUGCAGGGGAGGUUCAGUACCAGUCCGAUCAGUUUUUAGACAAAAACAAAGACUAUGUUGUUGCCGAGCAUCAGGAUUUGUUAAAUGCUUCCAAAUGUUCUUUUGUGUCAGGACUUUUUCCUCCUCUUCCUAAAGCGAGUAGCAAGUCUAAGUUUUCCUCCAUUGGCGCUCGUUUCAAGCUACAAUUGCAACAGCUGAUGGAGACGCUGAAUUUAACGGAACCGCACUACAUCAGAUGUGUUAAGCCAAACAAUUUGUUGCAGCCAACAGUGUUUGACAAUGCCAAUGUCUUGCAUCAGUUACGCUCUGGGGGUGUUCUUGAGGCCAUCAGAGUGAAAUGCGCUGGAUAUCCAACAAAUAGGACUUUCAUCGAAUUCUUAAAACGGUUUAUGAUUCUUGCACCGGAGAUUCUGAAAGGAGAGUAUGAAGCAGAUGUUGCAUGCAAGUGGAUUUUGGACAAAAAGGGGCUCACAGGUUUCCAAAUUGGAAAAAGUAAAGUUUUCCUGAGAGCUGGUCAGAUGGCUGAGCUAGAUGCACACAGAACGAAAGUCCUCGGUGAAGCAGCGAAGAUGAUUCAAGGGCAAGUUAGAACCCGUCUCACAAGAGAACGAUAUGUGCUCUUGCGGAGGGCUUCAGUUAAUAUACAAGCUAAUUGGAGAGCAAACCUUGCACGAAAGAUAUCAAGGUACAUGAGAAGGGAGGAAGCUGCCAUUAAAAUUCAGAAAAACUUACGUAGACAGAUUGCAAUUAAAGAUUAUGGGAAUACCAAAUCUUCGGCAGUCACGUUGCAAAGUGGAGUCCGGACAAUGGUUGCACGCCAUGAGUUCCAUUAUAAAUUGAAGUCUAAGGCAGCGACUGUGAUCCAGGCUUACUGGCGUGGUUACAGUGCUGUAUCUGACUACAAGAAACUGAAAAAAGCUUCUCUUGUUUAUCAAAGUAAACUCAGAGGAAGAAUUGCUAGAAAACAGUUGGGACAGUCAAAUCAGGCUGAGGAAAAGAAAGAGACAGAACAUGAAAGAGAUGUGGAACUUUCCAAUCCAGCAAAAGAGGCAGUUGAUAAGUCCUUUGAAAAGCAUUCAGAUGAAAGUGAUGAUGAAGAGAUGAGACAUGAAAGAGAGACAAAACAUUCCAUCCAAGCAGAUGAUGGCAUUGAAAAGUCUUUUGUAAAGCAUGCAGAGCAUAGCGAUGAGGAAGAAAUAGGACAGACAAAACAUUCCAUCCAAGCAGACGAUGCAAUUGAAAAGUCCUUUGUAAAGCAUUCAGAUGAAAGUGAUGAUGAAGAGAUAGGACAUGAACGAGAGAAAAAACAUACCAACCAAGGAGAUGAUGGAAUUGAAAAGUCCUUUGUAAUGCAUUCAGAGCAUAGUAGUGAUGAAGAGAAAGGACAUGAACAACAGACAACACAUACCAUCCAAGGAGAUGAUGGAGUUGAAAAGUCCUUUGUAAUGCAUUCAGACCACAGUAGUGAUGAAGAGAAAGGACAUGAACGACAGAAAGAGCAUACCAUCCAAGCAGAUGAUGGAAUUGAAAAGUCAUUGAUUCUGGAUUCAAAGAACCCUUUCAGCAAUUUUUCUGAUGUAAGCCAUAUAACAAACCCUUUCCGUGAUACAGAAGUUGAGUCCCUUACUGCCGAAGUUGAGAUGUUGAAGGCCUUGUUGGUAGUUGAGAAACAGAGAGCUGACAUUUCCGAAAGAAAGUGUGAUGAAGCACGAGAACUUGGUGAGAGAAGACGCAAAAGAUUAGAAGAAACAGAAAGAAGAGUUUACCAACUACAAGACUCCUUGAACAGGUUGUUAUAUUCUAUGUCGGACCAGUUCUCUCAACUGAAGUCCAUCCUGAGAUCUCCUUCUAUGUCUUCAACGUUGGCUUCGGUGCCCGUUGUACGUGAUGAUCUUGCUGACAGCUCUGAGAACUCUGAAGCUUCAUCGACUGAAUCUGAUUUCACAUUUCCAGCUCCCUCUUCUUCUUCUGCAGAUAAUCCAAAUCAGCUGCAAGUCAUUGUUCAAGAUCUAUCAACCACAGAGGCCAAAGGAACAGAGAACUCUGACAGUAAGAAGAAAGGGGGCUUUGAAGAUUACUUUUGAUGAUGAAACGUCAUUUUUGAUCUCUUCACCAGAUAUUUUGGAGUGCUGCUAAUCUCUUUACUCCAAAGGGCAAUUUGUUUUGGUGUUUACAAUUAGUUCAAACUCCAGUUAUAGUUUUCUUUUCUUGAUUAGAUGCUGAAAUAACGGUUAAAGGGUCGUCAAGAUAUGUUAGGUUCUACUUUUUUCUUUUUUGGAACUCUGUUAGGUUCUACUUGUAUGUGUUUAAUGCUACAAAAACAAUAUUGUUUGUUUCUUCAGCUAAUACAAUUCCUACUUGAUAUUGGA